AUGGGCGUGCUGGGACUCGCACCGUUCUUACAGAAGACUUGUCCCGAAGUCGUAAAGACUCUACCAGACCGACUAAAAUCGCUUGCGGGAAAGAAAGUCGUAAUUGAUGGUACUCUCAUCACCCAGCGAUUUCAUUUCGCUCCAUUCCCGCAUGCAGCGCGGCAUGUUCUUGGCUGGUACCGUCUCAUCAAGCAUCUACAACAUUCCAACGUCGAAGCCAUCUGUGUGUUUGAUGGGAAGGAGCGUAGCGCCGUGAAAGAACGAGAGGUAGAAAGAAGACGCAAGGACCGCAAACUCACUGCCUCUCGUGGUACCUUUGAAGUCGAUCGCUUGUCCCGGCUUCGCCAACUGACCAAGUUGUUGCACACAUGGCGUCACCUCGGGGAAACUGGGACGAUUGCACAACAGCUGUCACCUCUCAAAAACAUCGUGCAAAAAUCUGGGAUACCAGCACUCCCCCCGGCUCGCAUUAGCGGCAAAGGCUUGGAGUUAAACGACGAUACCCCCAUCUACUAUGUGCAACAUGAUCAAGCCAUUGCGUUCCAUCUAGAGUCACCGCGCAAGUCCAGCGACGCCGAUAACACCGGCGAACCUCCAUAUUCACUCGCGCCACCGGGUUCUCCGGCAGACAUCUCCCAACUCUACGAGGAAUACAAGCACAGUAUUCCGCAUAUACCGUCUUUGGCAGAAUCGCCUACCGCGGAGCCCCCAGCUUCCAUUACAUCGGUAUCGGGCGUGUCCUCUGCAGACGUUGAGGAAGCCCAAGUCGAAUACGCGCUCUCAAAGAACCAGCAUAACCUCAUGAUGGAGGAAGGUAGGCUUUGGCAAGGCCUAGCGCACUCUGACGACCCGGAAGCCGUCGAAAGCAUUCUGAGGUCUCUCGCUGAGGAGCUCGAAACCAAGAGCAGCCUUCUUUCGGAAUCGUACGAUCGCCGCACGCACCCCCCUACAUCGGAAACAUACGAACAGAGCAAGGAGAUUCUGCAAGCUAUGGGUGUCCCGUACAUAACACCCUCAGGCCCCUUCGAAGCAGAGGCACUCGCAGCAUCCCUCGUAAUACACGGCUAUGCCGAUUACGUGGCCAGCGAAGACACCGACGUCCUCGUCUACGAAGCGCCUCUCAUCCGCAACAUAACCAGCAGCUCCGGCCCGCUCGUGCUCAUUUCUGGCGCCGACGUCCGGACAGUCCUGCAGCUCGACCGCCCGGGUUACAUCGACUUCGCGCUCCUCCUCGGCACGGACUUCUCGCAGCGCAUCAAGAACGUUGGCCCCGCCCGUGCGCUCAAGUUCAUCCGCGAGCACGGUUCGAUCGAGCGCGUCCUCGAGCACGAACGCCAGUACCCCCCGCGCAUCCCCAAAGCGGAGUACCUGCAGCAGGUCCAGCUCGCGCGGGAUGUCUUCCAGACGUUGCCCCCUACGCCCGAUCGCGCACUCCUGCAGCAGGGCGAGGUCGACGAAGACGCAGUGUUGGCGAUCUUGGAGAAGUACGGCCUGAGUCGCUAUGUGCAGGCGGAGGACUGGGACUAUGGACAAGCACUUGCUGGGAACUACUUUUCUGACAAUCCUAUAGCGGAGUAGAUAUACACGUUGGCGUACGGGCACCCUUUACCAUACAUAUUGAUAUUUAGCGACGAUACGUUACAACACGACAGAACACGAUAUGGGUGCACGGUCAGGUAUACUUAGAACGAGGCAUGCUAGCUCAUGUAUAAAUCACAUCAACGGGUAGAGCAAGAACGAAUAAGUAGGACAGCAUAAGGCUCGGCUUUAUGUGAGUACAAGGGAAGGGGAAGUCCGGGCCUCUAGCAGGAGAAUGAUAUCCAAACAACAUGCUGACGAAGAAUUAAUAUAUGCAGACACAACGCGAACGUUCGUAAAGUUCAUCAGGGCGGGCUGCCGUGCACGGCGCGCGGCGCACAUCACCUAUAUCUCGUUGCGGAUCAUGAUACUGAAGCAGCGUUCGCAGAACGGAUUGCCGUCGCGCUGGAAGAAUGCCGGAUCCUCGAACGGUUUGUUGCAACUCGCACACGUGAAGCACUCCCAGCACCACUUCCCCCCAAGUGCCUCGACAGCCUGCAUCCCGUCCCGGAUACUCUUCUUGCACUUCUUGCACUUCGGCAUGCGCAGCCGUACGUGGCACGUCUCGCAGUACGGGUGGCCGCGGUACACGGUGAAGCCCACGUCGUCAUCCGCCGCGAACUCGCCGUCGCCUGCGAAGGUGCGUGACGGUGCACCGGGGUCCGCCGGAGGUAGGAACGGGUCGCCACACUCGGCACAGAAGAAGUGCUGCUCAUGGUACGUGCGCUUGCCCAGUUCGGGGUCGUCGAGCGUGAUGAACCGCUCGUCGACGAUGGCCGUCUGGCAGUGGUAGCAUCUCGGCGCGAAUUGCUCGUGGUAGUCGAGAUGACAGUACGGCCGUCCAUCAUGCGCGAAAGAACUCAGGUUCUCCAGCAGCUCAUCGCACACGCAGCACCGGAAGCAGCCCGGAUGCCAGCGCAUAUCCAUGGCGCUCACGAUGCGCCCUAUGAUCGCCCCGCCACACCCGCCACAAACAAGGCCAUUGCGCUUCGCAGCCUCCAGGCGCGGGUUCGAAAUAGCCUCCUGAACCUUCCGCGUCUGCGGCCGGUCCCGCCGGUCCCGGUUGGAGGAAGACGGCUCGCCCGGGAGCGAGAUCUGCGGAAUGGAAGGACCAUCAUCGACGCCACCGAUAUUGAUGCUAGGGAGGCCAUUGUCGUCGUCGUCACCGAAGGAUAUACGAGGCAGACUGGGAGCGCCUCCACUCCGGGAAUCUCCCGGGCCAGAGACGUUGAUGACAGGCCCGCUGUGCGCAUCGUCUUCGUCGCUAUCGCCGUCCGGGUUUGCGGGGAAAGAGAUCUUCGGUAUCCUGGGCGAUGGCUGAGACCGCUCGGGAGAUGUAAAGGUCGGCGGGUUGUACUUCGUCGGCGAUGGCGCGCGGACGUUGAACUGUGGUUUCGUAGGGGACGAUGUUCGUGUAUCCUGCUUGGGAGGAGCAGGGUGACCAAAACUAGAUUUCUGGGGAGACGGAGGUGCGAAGGUUGAUUUGCUGGAUGUGGGAGGACCCUGGCCGAAUUUCGAGGAGGAUGCCCCAAAACCAGACGGGGUCGAAGAUGAAGCCCCAAAGCCAGACUUAGUAGGAGAGGAAGACCCAAAGCUGGACUUGGCUGGUGAUGGUGGCCUGAAGCCCUGCUUUGUCGGAGACUGCGGCUUGAUCUCAACGUGCGUCGGUGGCUGUGGGAAGGACGAGAGCGAGAACACCGAAGCUGCCUGCGAAGGCUCACGCCGCAACGGGGCCCCUGCAGGUGCUGUUUCCGCCCUGCCAGAUAUCUGUGGGGGUUGCGAAGAGCUGAAGCCGUUCGGUGUCCGCGAGGACGGAGGUGCGGGAGAGCGCCGGAGAGAGGGAGGUGGUGCAUCGUCCAGGCUCAGAUCCAACUCUGCCUUACGAGGCGAGCGCGGCUGCGCGAAAGGCGGAAGAUUGCCAGUGGCGGUGUUCGAGCGUGAAGGAAGCGGCCGAGGCCGCGGCUGGCUCUGCGCAAACCCUGACGGAGUGACCGGUUGUGGACUUGCUGGAGCGCGUGGGAGCGGCGGCAAAGCGGGAGGCCACACAUUACGCAGCGGCUGUGGCUGUGAUUGCUGCUGCUGCUGCUGCUGUAGUUGUUGGUCCCGUCCAAAAGGAGCGUUCGCGGGAGGUUGGGGCAUUGGCCUAGUCGAAUUUCCACUCGAUAACGAGUUCGAGUGGCUAUGACCUGGACGGAACGUAGACGCUGACGGAGUCGACUCUAGCGAUACCGACGCCAUGCGGAACGCAAGGCUGGUCUCGACAUUGCCACUCUGCGGUGGAGACGCGCUCCGGCCCUGCGAGGCGGGCACCGGCGACGGCAGCUCACGCCGCAUACGCGCGCCUCCCUCACCGUUCGUGUUCGACGGCCGCACUGCUGCGGCCUGAUGUGGCUGAGGAUUCCGCGGCAGAUCACGUAUGCCAAACUGGGGACUCGGAGAGCGCGGGUGGCGCUCCAGCAGCGCAUUCGUCAGCUCCUCAUCAUCCGAACUCGGCGGAGACUGAGAGAGGGGACGAUCAGUUACGUUCCGGGGAGAUGGUGGCGGAGGCGGCUGGCUAGGCUUUGGCGGAAGCGGGUAGUUCGGCGCAGCUGCCGCGACAGGCAGCGUGCGAGACCGCUCCCGCAGAGCGAAUCGCGACGAUGGUGGCGAGCUGCUCGUAUUAGGAAGUGCUGCAGGCUGUCGCUGAGUCGGUGCAGGCACAGGGUUCGACGGCUGUUCUGCAGGAGCCUGUGGGGUAGGUGGCAGAUUAGGAAGCUGGAGGUGUGGCGGAAGCGUCCCGACACGUGCAUACGAAUCUCGCGGUAGGCCCACUGUCGUGUUGGUGUUCGUACUGGGCGAGGGCAGUGGCCUGCUAGUCGACACGGUGCUCCGCCGCUCUACCGUGCCUUGCUGCCUGUUCUCCGUGGCCGUGGGUAGAGCCCGGCUCUGGGAAGCACCAGGCUGGGGCAGUGUGCGCUUCCAUAACGGCACGAACUUCUGUCCUGGCGAUGCAAGUACAGGCUCCGGGCUUCGGAUAUUAGUCUCGCGCGCAGGCGCAGGAGAAGGCGCAGGGAGUGCCCGCUUCGGUGGACUUUGAGGCGGUGGCUGAGUCUGUUGGGCGGAUGACAGAUCGAAGUUACCCGUUGAUCGUGGGAGUGGCAAGGGGCGCGGAGGGCUCGUCGAUGUGGUAGAGAAGGCACUCGAGGUGGGCGAAGGAUCUUGCCCUGGAGGCGCGAUCGCAUUCGUAUUCGCGCUUGCAUUGGGCUGCGGAUAGC